CCUCCUCCCACAGCAAAUAAAUGAGUCAACAUGGCCGCGGAGCAGCUCGCCCUGCAGCAGCACUGAGACACGGACAGCAACAAAACAGAUUAAAUGGCGUUCAUGUCCCGGUUCUCUCGGUCCCGGAGCAGCUCCAGGUCUCCGAACCGAAAAGACUCCGAGCGGGUCUCCCCGAACCUGACCGUCUCUGAGCUGGAGAGACUGCUGUGCACCGGAAAAACUGCCUGCAACCAUGCGGAUGAAGUGUGGCCGCGACUUUACAUUGGGGACCAAGAUAUCGCAUCAGAUCGGCGUGAACUGGCCAAACUCGGUAUUACACACAUCCUCAACUGUGCACAGAGCAAGUGGCGCGGCGGGGCCGAGUAUUACGCCGGGAUGAGCAUCACUUAUCACGGCAUCGAGGCUCACGACUCCCCGACCUUCGACAUGAGUGUCAACUUCUAUCCUGCUGCCGAGUUCAUCCACAAAGCCCUGACAAGUGGAGGUAAGGUGCUGGUCCACUGCACCGUGGGAGUGAGCCGCUCGGCCACGCUGGUGCUGGCCUACCUGAUGAUCAGACAGAACCUGACCCUGGUGGAAGCCAUCAAAACAGUGAAAGACCACCGCGGCGUCAUCCCCAACCGAGGUUUCCUCCGCCAGCUCAACGGCCUGGACGGCAUCCUGAGAGAGAGCCGUAAGACGUCACCGCAGAGCUGAGAAAACCCCCCCCCCCCCGCAACACACACACACAGCCUGAGGUAGCAGCAAGUCUGGUUACACCGAGGGAGGUAACGGGACCAAGAUAUGAGCAACCUGUGGGUUUCUGACACUGUGGCAGACUGAGAUCAGUAUCUUAAUUAAUUCUAAUCAUAUGUAUUUAGUCUUUUAGCCUCUGAAACAAAUGAGCACUGAAGCUCAUAAUCUUUAAGAUAUGAAGGCCCACACAUAUGUUUAAGAAUUAAUUUGAAUCAAAUUUCAUUUAUCACAAAUUUGCCUCUAAGAGCUUUACAAUUUGUACAACAUGUGACAACCUCUAAAGGCGCGGUCACACCAGCACUUAAAAUGGUGAAAUUGUGCAGCAAAGUCAAUCGAUUUCAACGCCACGAUCGAUGGAUUCAGUCACAGGUAUAGACAAGUGUUUGAGGGAAUGAGAGAGAGUUAAUUUUUAAUUUAAUUUCAAUUUUUAAGUUUUAAAUCCUCACAUUUGAGAAGUUGAAACAAUUGUCAAAAUUGUUGGCAGUUAAUUUUCUGUCAAUCGUCUUGGCAGUGAUGUUCUUUGAGGGAACGGAAAGUCUAAAAUUGGUGAAGUUAUCGUAGCUUAUUGGUUGUGUUGCACCACUUUAUGUGCUACUUUCUGGUGUGACCGGGCCAAGACUCUUGAUUUUUAUAACGAAAAACUCCCAGCAAAAAAAACCCAAACCCUUUAACAGGAAAAAAAGUAAGAAACCUCAGAAGAGCAACAGAGGAAGGAUCCAUCUUCCAGGAUGGAUUUACGAAUUAUAAUUGAACAGUUGAGAACAGUGGUUCCCAAUCCUGGGGUUUGAACCUCCAAAGGUUAAUCUGAGACGACCCAGUGUCUCUCACCGUAAUUAAUGUCUGCAUCUCUACCAUCAACUAUCAUGUCUCAAAAUGGGAGCAUCAGUUUUUGGGUGACCUACAGCUCAGAGACACAUGAUGAGAGUCCCAAGAAGGCAUAACUGGGCUAUAAAGGGUUGCAAGCCAAGAUGGUUGGGAACCACUGGUUCAGAAGAUAUUUGCUUAUUGAAAAACAAGAGUAAAACUUCAGACCAUUCCAGUUAACCUGAAGCCUAUUUAUAUUGCCACUGUACCAACAGCUACUAGAGAAACUACACUACAGAAAACUUAAAAGCUUUCUGAACAGUUUUAACAGAAUCAGUGUUUAAUCUCUGGUGCAUUUUUUUCUUAAAAUAUCUAGAAAUUUGUCAGUGUGUAUGUCUCAGAUCACUGCACUGGUAUCAAGAAGAUUCCAGCCUUGAGAUUAUCUGAAUUAUAUUGGAAAUAGAUUAAAUCUCUAUGGCAGAUGUUUGUUUUUUUUAACUGUUUUGAUAAAAUGAGAUUUAAUGACAGUAUUGCCACUGCCUCCUUGCACCACCAGUGUAAUAUCUUCAAAUUAUUCCAAAAAACAGUCCAAAGAUAUUCAGUUUACAAAGAUAUAAAACAGUGAAAAGCAGCAAACCCUCACAUUUGAGAAACUGGAACCAUUGAAUAUUUGAUAUAUCACCUUGACAAAUGACUUUAAAAUGAUUAAUCUACUAUCAAUCAUUGUUGACAAUUUUCUGUCGAUGAAAUAAUUGAUUAAUCAACUAAUUCUUUCAUCUGUAGUGCUACCGUUUUCUUAUAUAGGGAUCAAGGUGCAGUGUUUUACAAUGAAGUAAAAAGAAAAAUAUAUAUGUUGUUGUUGUUUUUUUACAGUAAAAUAUAAUUUAAUCUGUAUUUUUAGUCACAUUUAAAUCAAUCUUAUAAGAAGUUAUGAUGAAAUUAGUUAUUGUGUUUUUCAUAUUAUAAUGGUGGGAUAACAUAAAAUAAAAACCAUACUUAUCAUCAUGUUUAGACCUUGAUAGAGAUGAUUAUUUUCUAUUUGCAUCUUUAUAACAAGGAGCUCUGUCCUUAACUAUCUUAUCUUUGAUUGAUGGUUAAUUCAAUCGUCUUUUAAGAGAGUAUUAACUGUUACUAAAAAUACAGAUUACAGAGGUACUUUUUCAGCCCUCAAUAGUGUCUCCAGCUUCUUUUUAGGCUGCAUACAGCUGCAACAGCCAUCAACUUCCACCAACAAGCUAUGUAGGGCAGCCUGUAUGUCGCCUGAGAGGCAAAACACAGGGAAAUAUAGUCCACUAAUUACUGGUUGCACCAGUUGUUGCUGCUCAUUAAGCUUAUUGCUCUGAGAGUAUGGUAAUAUCCGGAGGCGACUCAGAUCUCUCAUCUGGACUGUGGUGGCAGAACAGGAAGAGGAUCAUGUUCCGAGAGAUUUUAGGUAGAAAAAAUCAACCUGAAACUAAAAAACUAGCAUUUUGAAAAGUAGAAAUUACACCCUCGCUGUCUUUUGUAAUAAAUAGGAAAUAAGAUUCUCGCUCUCGGUGAUUUUUUUCCCCGUAGUUUCAGUCUUUGCAGGUCUUCCCUCGACUUUUACAUUCAGUAAGUGUCAUUAAGUGCCCUGAAAAAGUUGCGCUCUAGUUGUAGCCCAGGUCUAAACCAGCACACUUAUGUAGCCUGUUGGUUAGCAUUACAUUGUUGUCACAAUCUGUACACAAUUAUUAUCUGUGGAGGAUUUGUGAAUAGCAACAUACAGCAUACUGUAUAAUAUGACUUUUGUUUUCAAUUGGGUGUCGAACAAGUUCAGUGUAUUGUUUCGCUCUGAUGUAUUUUAAAUAAUCACGGUCCUUGUUGACUUUUUAUGGGAUAUCUUGAGUGUGAUGAACUGAAAUUCAUCCAGUAGUCUACAGACUUAGAAUCUAAAUGAGGCUAUUACAGCUUCCAGUCUGGUGUAUCACUUCAACUUUACAGUGUUAGCUGUUCAGAGUAGCACUCUUAAAGGUGCAGUGUGUAGAAUUUUGUAGCAUCUAGCUAAACGGACUUCGCGGAAAUGGAAUAUAAUAUUCAUAAGUAUGUUUUAAUUAGUCUAUGACCUGAAAAUAAGAAUCGUU